UGUACACCCACAUGACCCAGUGUUUGGCCCCGUGACUUUGUCCAGCAUCACUGAUUCGUUUGCAGUCCUAAGUUUCGGCAAAUCCACAUGGAUAUGUUAGAACAAGCUCUGGAGCCUAGUGGACACGACAAAAGUGACCAAGAGUUACAGGGAAAGGAUGACGGAGAUAUGGGAUCAGCGUCCGAUGACCCAACAGUUAUCGCCAACUCAGGAGCUUUUUCAGCAGAUAACAUUUAUCAAUUCAGAACAGACAGUAAUGGACAGAGUCAAGUAACGUAUCGAGUCGUCCAAGUUGAUCCCGAUGCAAAUAACAGUAAUCCCGCAGUCAAUGUAGUCACGACAACAUCAUUCCCUCAAGGUGCCCAAGCAGUUACCCAGGUCAUCCAGAGUCCGUUUAGUAAUGGAGACAGCCCGACAUCGGAUAACCAAUCUGGUGAGACGAGAUUCACGUACUUCCCAACGUCGGCCGUCGCUACCGACCCUACCGUCAUCACCCAGCAGACAGAGUCGACGUUAGCCAACGCUAACCCAGCUGGAGGUCAGUUCUACGUGAUGAUGUCACCGCAAGAUGUCCUCCAAGGAGCUGCACAGAGAACAAUAGCUCCUCGAACUCAUUCCUUUGCUCCUAAAAUCGACGGAGCACGUACUGCAAGAGACGACAGACGAAGAGCGACACAUAAUGAAGUGGAACGAAGAAGACGAGACAAGAUAAAUAAUUGGAUUGUCAGACUUUCAAAACUCGUGCCUGAUUGCGCAACGGACCAGUCCAAGUCACAGAGCAAAGGUGGUAUUCUCUCAAAAACCUGCGACUUCAUCAAUGAAUUAAGAUCCUCCAACGCACGCAUGGCAGACACGGUGAAAGAGCAUGAGCGCGUCUCCGUCGAUAACGAGUUACUACGGCAACAGGUGGAAGAGCUUAAGAAUGAGAACACAUUGUUGAGGACACAGUUACAGCAACACGGCAUUGAGAUAGUGAGUGUAGCAAUGGACAAUUCCUAAAACAAACGAAAAAACGUAGAAACCAUCCGUGCGUUUUUUUGUAUUUAUAAACACACAUCUUGAGGUUGCCAUAAUGUGUCUGUAGCCCUGACUGCAAUGUUCAUUAUAGCAUUGAGAAGUGAAAAGAAACCAGGCUAUUUGCGCUUCCACUGUCUCAGGCUAGGUCUGUAUGGAAGACAAACUCUUAAAGAAGAUGAUUGCACUGCGAUCAAGAGGUCGAUUUCAGGUGGCGUUCUCAAGGAGCAAAUAAGUGUCCAUUGAAGAUGAACUGCUACACCAUAUCUUGUAACUAUUUAUUUAAGGUCCUCUCCUCUUUUCACUUACUCAGAUUUGUUAUCAUACAGUUCAAUUUUAGGGGCACAUUUUGUUUUCAGUGAAGGUUUUAUAGACUCUCCCCAUCAGAGUAACAACAGGGCAUCUGUAUUUGUAAUGCUAGCGGAUAAAAGUGAUUAAAAAGUCCAUGAAAUGGAUCCACCAGUCUGAUGUUUCAAAGAUAGUUUCACAAGUAGAAACAUUCCUGCUCCACGUCUGAUUUGAAAGAUUCUUUGACAGAAGAUCUGAAGGGGACAUGAACACCAUGUCAGUGUAAAUAUUAAGUUUUAUGAAACGUUAUUAAAAGGAAAAGUUAUUGUUUACACAAGCUAAUUUAGAAUUUCACUGGAAGGUAAUGGAACUUUGUCGUCCGGUGUUGGCGGAAAAAUAGUUACACUUUUGUUGUUUUACCUUCUCAAAUUUCGAAAUAAUUCCUGGUUUUAUUGGGUUGAAAUGACAGCUCUUUCAACAGUUCAAAGAAAAUCCUUUUCCAGAUAGGCAUCCACUAUAUAAACAUGCAAUUAUUUCUAAUGUAAAGUUUGUACUCCUAACAUUUACUGUCUCAUGCAUGGGUCCAAUCUCAUAAAGCUGUUAAGCAGAAAAUACUGCUUCACAUAUAUUUAUUUGCUAAGCAAAUGUAAUUUAACUUAAUUUU